AUGGGUGACAAUAAAAAAACCAGCUUUAGCAUUUUAAUGUUUCCAUGGUUAGCUCAUGGCCAUAUAACUCCAUUCUUGGAGUUAGCUAAAAAGCUUGCCGAGAGAAACUUUGUUAUAUACUUUUGCUCCACUCCUAUAAACUUAAAUUUUAUCAAACCAAAACUCUCUCCUAAACAUUUAAGAUCCAUAUGCCUUGUGGAGCUUCAACUUUCCUCAGAAUUCCUCGACCUUCCUCCCCACUAUCACACCACUAAUGGCCUCCCUCCCCAUCUCAUGUCCACCCUCAAGAAAGCUCUUGACAUGGCUGCCCCUUACUUCCUUACAUUACUCAAAAACUUAACUCCAAAUCUUCUUCUCUAUGACUUCAUUCAACCAUGGGCGGCAACACUAGCUUCAUCCCUCAAUAUUCCAGCUGUUCAUUUCACGACUAGCUCUGCAGCCACGACUUGUUUUUUCUUUCAUCUUGUUAAGAAACCAUAUGAUACUGAAUGGCCUCCUCCAAUCACGAAUCUUCAAGAUUGCUUGAAAUUUAAAGCAUUGGAGAAAUUUGUUCGAGAUAUCUAUAUUACCAGUACUUCAAAUCAUAAUAAUGAUAUGAGCGAUAUGAACAGGUUUACACAAAGUUUCGAGCAAUCUUCUUUUGGUCUAAUUUUUGUGAAGACUUUUAGAGAACUAGAGGGAAAGUAUUUAGAUUACCUUUCUCUUCUAUUGGACAAAAGAAUAGUUCCAACUGGUCCACUCGUUCACGAUGAUGAUGAUGAUGAUGACAUCUCCAUUAAAGAUGAUGAAUAUGAUGAAGACGGAACAAAAAUCAUUGAGUGGCUGAAUAAUAAAGAAAGAUCUUCCACUGUAUUUAUGUGCUUUGGCAGUGAAUAUUUUUUAUCAAAAGAAGAGAGGGAAGAGAUAGCCCAUGGAUUAGAACUAAGCCAAGUGAAUUUCAUUUGGGUAAUUAGGUUUCCUCUAGGAGAGAAAAUUGAGCUAGAAAAAGAACUACCAAAAGGAUUUCUCCAAAGGACAAAAGAUAAAGGUAUAAUUGUUGAAGGAUGGGCACCGCAAAGAAAAAUCUUAAGACAUGAAAGCAUUGGAGGAUUUGUUAGUCAUUGUGGAUGGAGUUCAGUCAUGGAAGGUUUAAAGUAUAGAGUUCCAAUCAUAGCUAUGCCUAUGCAUCUUGAUCAACCAAUAAAUGCAAAGGUUGUGGAAGAGGUUGGUGUUGGUUUAGAGGUGAAGAGAAACAAGCUUAACGAUGGACUUGACAGAGACGAGAUUGCUAAAGUGAUCAAACAAGUGGUAUUAGAAAAGAUGAGUGAAAAUGUUAGAAAGAAAGUAAAAGAUAUGAGUGAUCUCAUAAACAAGAUAAAUGAAGAACUCAUAGAUCGUGUGGUCGAUGAACUAAAGUCAGUGUUGACAAUUUAA